AUUAUGAUCAACUACAUAUUAUCAUCGACGACUUCGACUCCAACUUCGCCUUCGACUUGUACCUUUUGAUGGACGGGAAAUGAUAAAAUGCAAUCCUGAUACGUUGCCGUGAUACCGUUCCACAGGUCGAUAUCGAGAUGGAGCUACGGCUCCUCUACCCCUUCCUGGCCGCCCUCCUUGCCAUCUUCCUUACCAGCGGCGUCUCCUCCGCGGCGCAUACCUCCAACUGGGCAGUGCUAGUGUCUACCUCCCGUUUUUGGUUCAACUAUCGCCAUCUCGCCAAUGUGCUAUCUCUAUAUCGGACAGUGAAGCGCCUUGGGAUACCAGACUCCCAGAUUAUCCUUAUGCUACCGGACGACAUGGCAUGUAAUCCUCGAAACGCAUUCCCCGGGACGGUAUAUAACAAUGCAGAUCGUGCGCUGGAUCUAUACGGAGACAAUAUAGAAGUUGAUUACCGUGGUUAUGAGGUCACCGUGGAGAGCUUCAUCCGCUUGUUGACUGACAGGCUGGGUGAUGAUGUGCCGCAGAGCAAAAGGUUGGGCUCGGACGCCGGUAGCAAUGUGCUUGUUUACAUGACCGGGCACGGUGGUGACCAGUUUCUUAAAUUCCAGGAUUCGGAGGAAAUCGGAGCCUGGGACCUGGCGGACGCGUUUGGGCAGAUGUGGGAGAAGAAGCGAUACAACAAGUUGCUCUUUAUGAUUGAUACAUGCCAGGCGAACACCAUGUACACACAUCUAUAUUCCCCGAAUAUAAUCGCUACAGGCUCAAGCGAAGUAGACCAGUCCUCUUAUUCCCACCAUGCAGACAGCGAUGUCGGUGUUGCUGUCAUCGACCGCUGGACUUAUUAUAUCCUAGAAUUCCUCGAAACACAAGUCACCAGUGCGAACUCCAAGCGUACCCUAGGCGACUUGUUUGAUUCCUACGAUGAGUCAAAGAUCCAUUCCCAGCCUGGGGUAAGAUGGGAUCUAUUCCCUGGUGGUGAAGCAGAGGGUAGACUGAGAACCGUCAUGGACUUCUUCGGUAAUGUUCAGGAAGUGGAAGUUGAAGCAGGCAGCAGUGUGAAUAACACUGAGCAUUCGGUCAAGGAAGACCUUGUGGCCAUUGCCAAGUUAGUAGAACAAUGGAAAGAGAUGGAGAAAGAACACCUGGAAAAUACCACUGACCCCUCUUCUGUGGGUCAAAAAAAGCCUACCUUGCCAUCACAAACAGGCUCCCCUAUUCAUAAACUGGCUGGACCGAUGAAAGUGCGUGACGCCGAUGAUUGGAGCAAACAUAUCAUUGGUUUAUCACUUUUGUUUGGGAUAGGGGGCGUGUGGUUUGCUGGGUCUCUUCGGGGAAGGUCAUAACACAGGCCCUAAAAAUUUCUACGUCUCUAAUUUGUAGUGCGUUUUCUUUUCACUCGAGCUUAGAUUAUAUCCCCUUUACAUUGGUAAUACAAGAUUCGGCCCAGCGCUUGGGCAAUAUUGCUACCCUGCAGAGUUAUGCACAUAAAGAUUUAUUUAACCAUAAUUUAAAAGAAUAUGCCGUUCAUUAUUCGCUUGCUUAUCAUGAGCCCCGUACAAUUUAGACCAGUAUAUACAUCAAGAGUCAACAA